CAUCCACCUAAUGUGUACCUUGGGGAAAGUCAACGGAGAAAGGGUUAAAAUCAUUAAGCACUGAAUUCCGACCAUCAUUUUGAGAACACUUCUUAGAUUAGAUAGACACAGUCCAAUAUUUAGCUAAGAAAGACAACUGGAAUGCCCCAAAGCUUACAUUAAUCAUUCAUUAAUCUCACAUUAUCCACCUCUUUUUCACUUUUUCUUUCUUUCUCUUCCUCUCUCUGCCUCCAGUUCCCAAGCAUUCUAAACCCAGUGCUGGAGUCAGUAGAUGCUGUGGCCAGCACAUGUGAGCAAACCCUAAUGGAGAUGGCCAAAGGCUUACCAACUGCAGAACAUUACGCCACACUGGAGGAGCUGAUAGACAUCAACCAGCACCACCUUAAUGUGAUGGGUGUGGGCCACCCCUCGCUAGAUGCCCUGUGUAGAGUCACACUGACUCGAGGGCUGCACAGUAAGCUGACGGGGGCCGGAGGGGGAGGGUGUGGCAUCACUCUCCUGAGACCAGACACAGACAGUUCUGUGGUCCAGAACACCAUUCAGGACUUGAAAGACAGUGGCUAUGAAUGCUGGGAAACGAGCAUCGGCGUGUCUGGAAUCCAGCUGCAUUCUCCCAAGAGCGUUAAAGAGGAAGUAAUGAAUGUUUUCAACAGCUACUAACAGCAGCGUUUGGACGUACAUGAUAGAGGGCCAGACACCACCCCAACAGUCACAAAGAGCCUACGAAAGCAAGGCUACUGCAGAAGUGUCUUAUGGGUGUAAGCCAUUGAGGACCUGUUUCCCUCCAGGAACUGGGUGUUAGCCUGUCAGAGACUGGUGGUGUGUCAGUUCUCCAUCAGAUGUUAUACAUUGCACUAUGAAAAUGAUCCUCAAAGAAGGAAGGCAAAUGUAUAUGCCUGCCAAUAUGUCAUGCCCGUGUGUGUGUUUGGUGUGGAAUGACAAUUUUUGUAUUCAGGCAUGUUCUAAAUGGCUUGCUUUUCAUAUUGUUACAUGGUAAUAAAUAAUAAUAACAUGACUGGACUGUUUAAGGUGCAAAAGUAUCCCUUAAAACUCUUAUAUCCUAACGUUAACGGGAAGUGGAUCUCUCAGAUGGUUUUUGGUAGUUGCUUUGCAUCUGGGUGACCAGUAGAUGGCAUCAGCCGGUCAGGUAAAGAGUGCUCGCUCUCGCUGAGAAAAAUGAAUUUUCUGGACUCAAUCGAGCUUGAUAGGCACUCAUAAUCAUUUCAUUUAAUCACUUCAUUUUUACACAUUGUCAAUCAGUCAUAUGAUAAUAUGCUGCAUGUGUAUCCUGGAAACCAUACACAAAGAGACAGUAAUGAAGCCUAUUGGAGAAAGAGUUAUUUAUGACAUUUCAGUUUUCAUAUGAAAGUAAACAAUAAAUGAUGUCCUUAUUACA